AACUAACCUUUCCACAAAUAAUGGAUCCUUUCUCAAUUCCAAUCUCACACUCAAGCACACUCUUUUGCAAUUAACCCGUCUAGAUAGAUAUUGCUUAUCUCUACUAUGGGUUCAAUUGGAACCGAAAGCCCAAAAGUUGAGGUUGCCACAGUUGAUGUAAUUUCAACUAAGGGUCUUAUCCAGAAUGGCCAUGUUUAUCUAGAUGUUAGGACUGUGGAAGAGUUCCAGAAAGGACAUGUGGAUGCAGAUAAGAUUAUCAACAUUCCAUACAUGUUUAAUACACCACAGGGAAGGGUAAAGAACCUGGAGUUUUUGAAGGAGGUUUCAUCUGCUUGUAAGAAAGAAGAUCACAUCAUUGUGGGUUGCCAGAGUGGGGUGAGGUCUCUUUAUGCAACUGCUGAUCUUCUUGCUGAGGGUUAUAAGGAUGUGAAUAACAUGGGAGGAGGUUAUUUGGACUGGAUAAAGAAUGAAUUUCCAGUGAAAGCACCAAAAGUGAAAAAUGAUCUCUAAUCAAUAAAAGGAUCAUGGAUCCAUUAAUUUCAUCUGAAUAAUGGUUUUGAUAUUUUCUGUAUGAAUAUCCAUGUUAACUACUUUCAUUGUUCUCACUAGCUAUAGUAUGUAUGUAUAUCUAUUAUCCUUAAUUAUAAGAAAUGCAACUAUAUGUUGUAAACUUGUAAUGCAAUUGUAAUCUUCAAGGACUAUAUUAAUGGGAACAACCAUUAAUAACAGACAAAAUCCUUGUUAAUUUCUUAUUUCUCAUGUCCAUUUGCAUAGAAAAUCUAUUGUAUUAUUGGUUGAUUAUCUUAA